AGGACCUCAAGCUAUUGAUGGGAAAGAGGGGAGGGGUGGAAUGAGUGAGCGUAGGAGGGAGGGAGAGAGGGCUGUGUGGGCUGAGGCUCCGCUGAAUGAGGAAGCAGCAGAGCCAUUUUUACUGUUGAGUAACUGCAUGCUGGUCUGCCUGUGCUGGAGAGAGGGUGAGAGAGCGAGCUAGAGGAAUAAAGUGCUCCUCCUGGAUCUUACCGGAGCCCUCUCUCCCCUCUCUCGCCUUCCCCUCUCCUUCUUGAUUUCGACUUGUGUCCAUUUAAGUUGGGGAGGCCCUGGAGAGGACACACAAUGGAACGAAGAGCCUGUGGCAACUGGGCCGUUGUACUGCUGAGAGGGGGAUGGGGUAGAGAGAGGACCGGUUCACACAGCUAACACAGCCUGCCGGCUGUAGGCUUCCACAGCCUUUCCUCCCCGCCUGGACUGUUUCCAGGCUGGGCCCUUUUUUUUUGUGGAUCAGCCACCCUCAAACUCCGCUUGGACUACACUAAGGAUUACUCUCCGUGUUUUGUGGGAUUUCAGGAUACAUACUGGAGCCUGAAGUAUAAAUCCCUCCUGUGUUUUGGAUGAGAGAAAAGAAAAACUUCUGUAAUUCUUCUUGCUCGUUUUUGGUUUCUGUUACGUGGAGUUCAUAAAUGGAUUACAAGAUGCAUGCCAAGUCAAACGAUUUGCUGGAUUUUCAAAAACUGGACGCCCUUCUGGAAAAAAUUGCACGUUCAGUCUCUGUGAAAAGAGAGUCCAGCGAGGAGUGCAAUGGGAUCAGUGGUGCUCUGUCAGUGGAGUCUGUGCCGGGGCCAAGACUGAACUGGUGUCCUGCCAACACCACUACCCCUGCCCCUGCAGCUCCAGCUCCCGCUCCGGGGCCCGAGCUCGCGUCGAACCCUGUAAGAAUGGGGGACGGCCUGGACGCAGCGCAGAUGUCAGGCAGCAGCAGCAGCAGCGGCGGCAGCAGCCAGGGGCAGGCCCAGCAAAUGGGCAAUCCCCCACCCCCAGAGUACAUCGAUCCCAACAGGCCAAAGCGCCAGACCAAUCAGCUGCAGUACCUGCUCAAGGUGGUGGUGAAGGCCCUGUGGAAGCACCAGUUUGCCUGGCCCUUUCAUAUACCAGUGGAUGCGAUCAAACUUAACCUGCCUGACUACUACACAAUAAUCAAAAUUCCCAUGGACAUGGGAACAAUCAAGAGAAGGCUUGAGAACAGUUACUACUGGAACGCCCAAGAAUGUAUCCAAGACUUCAACACGAUGUUUACCAACUGCUACAUAUACAACAAGCCUGGAGAUGACAUAGUCUUAAUGGCUGAGGCUCUAGAGAAGGUUUUCCUCCAAAGGGUCACAGAAAUGCCUGAGGAAGAAACUGAGAUUGUUGUCAUGAUGGGGAAGGGACGUGGCCGUGGCCGAAGAGACGCAGGUCUGAACUUGAAACCAGGGGCCAUCAUUGAUGCUUCGUCCACGACUCCUCAAACACGUGGUCUGUCGAACCUCUCAGCAGCACCGCUGACCAGAGGACCAGUGCAGGGCCCGCCUUCACUACCUCCCCAGCCUUUGAUGCAGGCCCUGCCGUCCCACGUGCCCCCAACGUUACCCAGCCAUGCGCCACAGCUCGGAGCUCCCUACUCCCUGAGCCAGUCGGACUGUGCUCCUCAAGUUCCCAUCAUGACUUCUGUGCCUCCCCCUGCUCAGACCUCCCUUCCCCCAGCGUCCAUCCAGAGCACUGCCCCCAUGCUGCAGAACUCUAUAACCAUGACCAAACAAAGAAAGAGCCAGAAAAGGAAAGCUGACACUACAACGCCCACAGCAAACGACCAACUGAGUGAAUCUUCACCGGCAGAGUCCAAAUCUGGGAAGACACUACCCAGGCGAGAGAGUACCCGGCCGACAAAACUGAUAAAGAAGGAUGCACCAGACUCCCAGCAUCACAUAGGCAUGGGGAUGGGGAUGGGGAUGGGGAUGGGGAUGGGGAUGGGACUGAGCGGACCAAGUGGAGGUCAUAGCCCCAAACCGCAGGAUCAGCUGGGAUACUGCGCUAGUCUGGUUAGGGAUAUGCUGUCCAAGAAGCACGCUGCUUACGCCUGGCCAUUCUACAAACCUGUUGACGUGGAUGCACUGGGACUACACGAUUAUCACGACAUCAUCAAAUAUCCAAUGGACCUCAGCUCCAUCAAGGUCAAGCUGGAGAGCAGGCAAUACCGGGAACCCCAGGAGUUUGCUGCUGACGUACGAUUAAUGUUUUCCAACUGCUACAAAUAUAAUCCACCAGACCACGAGGUGGUAGCUAUGGCACGCAAGCUACAGGACGUCUUUGAGAUGCGCUUUGCCAAGAUGCCAGAUGAACCUGAGAGCAAGCCUCUGGUUGUUCCCCCUGCUCCUACACUUCACCAUCCCGCCCCCGUUAAGCCCCAGCCUCCUUUGGCCCACAUCGUCUCGUCUUCAGACAGCUCCAGUGACUCGUCCUCUGAGUCUGAGUCUUCCACAGAUGACUCUGAAGAGGAGAGAGCCCAGAGGUUGGCAGAGCUCCAGGAACAGUUGAAGGCUGUCCAUGAGCAGCUGGCUGCCUUGUCCCAACCACAAGCCAGCAAACCAAAGAGAAAAGAGAAGGAGAAGAAGGAGAAGAAAAAAGAAAAGCAUAAGAAGAAAGGAAGCAUGUCUAGCCAUGUAGAUGAGAUCCAGGAUGCUAUACCUGUUCCGCAGCUCUCUAAGAAGUCGAAGACCAGUAACAAUAACAACAAAGAGGUUGUACCCAAGAAGAAACCCAGUAAAAAGGAAGCGAUGAAAAAUCAUCCCGCCAACCUGCUGCCGGUUCCCAACCUGGAAGACGAUUUGGGGGCUGCUGGGUCAUCAGCUACGGGGGAAAAGUGCAAGCCCAUGACAUACGAGGAGAAGAGGCAGCUGAGCUUGGACAUCAACAAGCUUCCUGGUGACAAGCUCGGCCGUGUAGUGCAUAUCAUCCAGUCCAGGGAGCCCUCACUCAAAAACUCAAACCCUGAUGAGAUCGAGAUUGACUUUGAGACGCUAAAGCCUUCCACUCUGCGCGAGCUGGAGAGAUAUGUGUCUUCCUGCCUCCGCAAGAAGAAAAAGGGUUCAGCUGAGAAGCCUGUGGAGUCCAUGGCUACCUCCAAAAAGACUGGAUCAUCUUCAGAGAGCAGCGGCUCCAGCACAGACAGCGAAGCUGAGGGGACAGGAAUAAUAAAGCAUCAGAAGAAGAAGGGCCAGUCUGCGAAGGAGGGGAAGAAGACGCAUCCUCAUGUACACAUUCAGAGUGGCCCUCCUCAGACUGGACUUCAUUCCCAAGUUGCAGGCCUUCAGUCCAGCGGUCAGAUGAAGCAGCAGCAUCAGCCAUCGCCUGCAGGCUUCAUCGCUCCCCCUGUAGCUGCUCUGGAGUCUUCCCAGUUACUGGAGACCAGCUUCGAGUCCCUGCCGCCUUUCGGCCAGCCCCUCAUGCAUCUGUCCCACCACACAGGCAACUCCUCCUCACCCGCACCUCCACACCUCAAUGCUCAUUCUGCUGGGCCAGUGUCCCCUGAGACCCACCCCUUCCUCAACCAGCAUGCCGUCCUCACAUCUCCAGGUCAAGGAUCACAAUCACAAAAAAAUCUCCUGAAGGAAGCCUUGCACAUUUCCAUGCCUCAGCAGCCUUCUCGACCCAGUCACAAGGCAGCGCCUCUUCAUCCCAAACCCCCUCAACCGCAACCAGCACCUCCUCAGCAGCAGCAGCAGCCGCCAAUCCUGCAGCAGCAACAGCAACAACAACAGCAACAACAACAGCAGCAGCAGCAGCAGCAGCCGCACCAGCCGCAGCAGCAACAGCUUCAGCCCCAGUCAGCAGCACCACCACAGCACCAGCUUCCCUCUCAGAUCCUCCACCCUCCUCAGCCGCUGCACCAGCGGCCCAUGUCCCCUCCAACACUCACACCCCAGGGCUUGCUGUCCUCCCAGCCUCCCCAGAUGCUGCUGGAGGAUGAUGAAGAGCCAGGGUCUACGACGCCUUUGAACCAUGUACAAUUAUACCUGCAGCAGUUCCAGCAAGCCCGUCAGCCCCAGCAGUCCAUGCAGUCGCUCCAGGCGCAGGCUCGUCAGCAGCAGCAACAACAACAACAACAACAACAACAACAACAACAACAACAACAACAACAACAACAACCAGGACAGAUCUCCCUCCUGCAGUCUGUCCAGGGACAAUCUCAACUCUCCUCUCAGACCACGCUGCCUCCUCCCCAGCUCCCUAUCCAGUCCCAGGCUCAGCCAGCCCCAUCACAUCAGGCCCUGCCCCAACAGAUGCCUCUACACCAGGCCCGCCACAUGCACACUCAGCCGCAGCAACUGCAGCCACAACAGCAACAGCUGAACUAUCAGCAGGGUCCUGGACUAGCUGGUCAGCCCCAGGGUUCACAACAUAAGGUAUCCAUGCCCACCAACAAAGCACAGCAGAUCAUCCAGCAGCAGCAGCAGCAGCAGCAGCAGCAGCAGCAGCAGCAGCAACAGCAGCCCUCCCCUCGCCCGACCAAGGCUGACCCUUACAACGCUGGUCAUUUGAGAGACAACCCAUCCCCUCUCAUGAUGCAUUCCCCACAACUUCCCCAGUAUCCAGCUGUGUCUCACCAGUCGCCACCUCACAACAUGCAGCCCAAAAAGCAGAGGGCCCCUGGGAGCCAUGGUGGGAUAAAGGAGGAGAAACUUCCUCCAUCACCAGUGAUGAGAGGAGAGCCAUUUAACCCUGCAAUGAGACCAGACCAUCACAAACAUCCUGAUAACAAGCCUUCUCAACCCGGCCACGGCCAACAGAAUGUGAAGUCCAUGGACAGCUUGCGACCCGUCAUCCGCUCCUCCGAGUCCAGUGGGCCGCCCUCCUCUCUGCAAGACAAGGAUAAGUUCAAGCAGGAGUCCAAGACGCCCGUUGCCCCCAAAAAGGUACAGGAGGUAAAACUGAAGAAUAUGGGCUCAUGGGCCAGCCUGGCACAAAAGUCCACAUCGACACCCUUAUCUGCAGUGAAGUCGUCGAGUGAUAGCUUUGAGCAGUUCCGUCGUGCCGCCCGGGAGAAAGAGGAGAGGGAGAAGGCGCUGAAGGCCCAGGCCGAGCAGGCGGAAAAAGACAGACUACGCAGAGAGCAGGACAAACUACGAGGUCGAGAUGAAGAGGACAUCAUGGAGCCAAGCAGAAGGGUGCACGAGGAGCCACGCAGGCGUCUGGAGCAGCAACACAUUCAAGCUCCUUCGCAACAGCAGCAGCAGCAACAACAACAACAACAACAGCAACAACAACAACAACAACAACAACAGCAGCAGCAGCAGCCGCCGCCACAGCAGCAGCAGGAGCCCCCGCCAGCUGCCAUUCAGCAGCCUCCUCAACCCCCAACACCACCUCAGCCUGCCGCACAGAACCAGCUCGACCAACAGAGGGAGCUAGCACGCCGCCGAGAGCAGGAAAGGAGGAGGCAAGAAGCGAUGGCAGCAACUAUUGACAUGAAUUUCCAAAGUGACUUAAUGGCUAUCUUUGAGGAGAACCUUUUUUGAGGAGAGGAGCACCUGAAACGUAACUGCAAAAACAUGAAAAAAAAGAAAAGAAAAAACCCUUGGAUAAUGUAGACUUCCUCUAAAGAGAGAUUUGGCGAUCAUGCACCACAGAGGGGACACGGACUGUAUGUAGAUGUGACGGGCCCUCGGAGACCGAGUAUAAACGCUGGACGGGCGCUCACAGCUCGCUUUGCCCCUUGUGGACUGAACACACGGGGAUAGUCUCAUUGUUUUGGAUGUCAUUUCCUGGGAAUUUGGCAUCGCCUGCCUGAUAUCUCGUAACAGGAGAAAGAGGACCCCUGUUGGCACAGUUGCCUUUGUCACUUGCUUCUUACAGUGUGCGUGGGCGCAACAAUAUUGCAAGAGUAAAGACAUCCCAAUAACUAUGAAAAUGCUCUGAUAAUGUACUGACAGACUGUGCAGAGUUGUGUUUUGAAACUGCCAGGUGUCUGAGGUGGUGAAGAAGAACUGGUCUUUUAUGUUCUGUUUUGUUUUGAUUGUUGUAAGUGAACAAAUGAAAGGGUUGGGCGGGAGGGGGGGGGGCAACUUCCAUACUGUAAAUCAUGUAUAUUUCUCAGCAGAGAAGGUACAGUUUGCCUUACACCUCUUUCCUAUACAGACCAUUAUGUUCUGUGGCCUGCACACAUGGACAAAACCAAUAACAUUUACAACCAGGAGUAGAAGCAGUGCAGACCUUUUUUUUUUUCAUCAUCUAGUAUCUAC